CGUUGAUGGGCGGCAAACGCUCCCCAGUUCUCUCUUUAGACGGCCAUUCAGCCAGGAUAGGCGCCCUCCCUUCCUCUCCUCCUUCUCCAUCUGGAGCUCACGACCUCCUCCUCCACGACCUCCUCCUCCUCUGCGCCGCGCGACGAUCAUGCUCCACUUUCUCUUCCCUUCCCUGGUCCUCCUCCUGCUUCCGAGUCUGCUGUCAUGUCUCUCCCACCCCGGAGCGCUCGCAUACACGCUCGUCGACGACUUCUCUGGAAUCGAGUUCUUUGACGAGUGGGAUUUCUACGGCGGUGUGGACAAUCUCACGAUGGGCGACGUGAACUGGCUCACCGAGUCCGACGCAUUCUCGCAGCAGCUCGCGCUCGUGAACCAGGCGGGGAACGUCAUUAUCAAGGUCGACAACUUCACCCCCGUCUCGCCGGGCCAGAAACGCAACUCGGUGCGCAUCACGACGCGCAAGACGUACGCGAUGGGCACGCUCUGGAUCGUCGACGCCGUACAUAUGCCUUUCGGAUGUUCGGUCUGGCCGAGCAUUUGGACGUUUGGCCCCGCGUGGCCGGCGGGAGGCGAAAUCGAUAUCAUCGAAGGGAUCAACAUGAUGCCCACGAACCAGUACGCGCUGCAUACGACUGAGGGGUGCCUCCACACAACACCCACGACGCAAAUCGGGACGUCAAGCCUGACAGACUGUGCCGAGGCGGCUGGCUGCCUGGUCACGGAGACGAAGCCGAACAGUUAUGGUCCUGGGUUCGCGGCGGCCGGCGGAGGAGUGUACGCUGCCCAGUUCGAUUACACCGGGUGCGCAGUAUUAUCUUCUCUCAUCCGUCCAACCCACGUGACUCUUAUCCGGGAUUCAAGUCUUUGGUUUUGGAGUAGAGCAAACGUCCCACCUUCGAUCGUGCACGCCACUUCGACGUCCGGCAUGGACUUGGCGGAUUGGGGCCCCCCGUCGGCGGCCUACGUAAACACGAGCUGCGCGAUCGAGCAGUUUUUCUCGCCCCAGAACCUGGUCAUCGACAUCACACUCUGCGGAAACUGGGCCGGCCUCCCAGCGACGUACGCCGAGACCUGCGCGCACACGGGUCCGUCGGGAACAUGCUACACCGACAACGUCGUCGGGAACGGUGCCAACUACGACGACGCGUACUUCGAGAUCCGGUCCGUUCGCGCGUACACGACCGCGGCGGCGACACCCACGGCCGUCGCUGCCCUGGGGCAGGGCAAGACGAAUCGUGCGGGAAUGAUGGGGCCGGGCGUCAGCUGGCUGACGGGAUGCGUUGUUUCUUUUCUGGUUGCUGUGUUGACGAUAUAA